GGCAGCGAAGAGUUAAAAGGUGUUGUAGUGCGUCACGCAGGUGCCUCUCUGAGUCUUAAAUGUCAGACACACUCGAGAGCUCAGUUUAGCCGUAACGUCUGCAAAAAAGCGCUUUAUUUUCAAGUUUAUGAAAUGUUUUGUAAUCGAGUUGAACCCGCAACCUCUAAUCCGGCAGCGCCGCUGACCGUCCUCCGCGCAUCGGGCUCUCCUCCACUACUCAAACCUCUUGACCGGAGCACACUUUAGCCACUUCUGCCCUGUUUUACGCGUUGAUUUUGGGGCUGACUGCUGAGCUUUUUGACCCCUGGGGAUCAUUUCCUCUUUUCCGAAAGGACUUUUACUCGCGUGGAUAUGUGGUGGAUGCUGUUUCCUAGAUGGAUCUGGUUUUUGUUGGGACAGCUUUUCUGCGUCUCGCGUUUGGACUUGCGCGCGCGAGCGAUGCCAAUGACUCUGUCCAAAGUAGUGUAUUCUCAUGCGGGAAUGUGUCCGAACGAGAUGAACCCGAACCUGUGGGUGGACGCCAUGAGCACCUGCGCGCGGGAGUGCGAGUCCGACCAGGACUGUGAGCCGUUUGAGAAAUGUUGUUCAAAUGUUUGCGGACUCAAGAGUUGUGUGGCUGCCCGAUACAUGGACAUUCAGGGCAGGAAAGGUCCAAUGGGAAUGCCGAAAGGGGUCACCUGCGACAAAUUCAUGUGCACCCAGCAGGGUUCAGAGUGUGAAAUCUGGGAUGGACAACCAGUGUGCAAGUGUAAGGACCGUUGUGGACGUGAGCCCUUUUUCACCUGUGCCUCAGAUGGCAUGACUUACUAUAACAAGUGUUACAUGGACGCAGAGGCUUGCACCAGAGGCGUCACCCUCACUGAAGUCACCUGCAGGUAUCACUUUAGCUUGUCUAAUACCAGCCCUCUCCCAGUGGAAACCACUGCUCGGCCCACCACUGCUCAUCCCAUAACUACUCCCAUGGACAUUCAACGCCCUGCCAUGCUCAGCAAACCAGCACACCACUUUGUAUUUGUGGGCGAAACGGCCAGCUUCCUCUGUGAGGUGACGGGAAAACCAAAGCCGGCAAUUACAUGGGAAAAGCAGAUCGAAGGUAAAGAGAACACUGUGAUGAGACCCAACCACAUGCAAGGGAACAUAGUAGUCACUAACAUUGGCCAGCUGGUCAUAUACAACGCUCAGGUCCAGGACGCAGGUAUAUACACCUGCACGGCCACAAACCAGGGCGGGUCCGUGCAAGCACAUUUCCCCCUUUCUGUAGUCCCUAGAGAGCAACUCAAACCAGUGCUGGUCAUGAAUUCCACUCGUCUACCUGCUGAAGAGUGCCUGAAAGCACCGGACAUGGAUGACUGCGGAGAGGAGAGUAUGAGAUGGUACUAUGAAGCCAAGCGCAACAACUGCUUCACUUUCACGUACAGCCAGUGCAACAAAAACCGAAACCAUUUUGAUGCCUAUGAUUCGUGCAUGCUGUCCUGUGGAGCAGAGCUCGCUGCACCUUGCUCCCUGCCUAGUGUGCAAGGUCCUUGCAAGGCUUACAAGCCACGCUGGGCUUACAGCCAUGCACUCAAAAAAUGCCAGUCAUUUGUUUAUGGAGGCUGUGGCGGCAACGAGAACAACUUUGAAAGCAAGGAGGCUUGUGAAGAGAUGUGCCCUUUUCCCAAGACCCACAACUGCAAGCAGUGCAAACCCCGGCAGAAGAUGGUCCCCAGCUUCUGCAAGAGUGACUUUGUGGUUUUGGGUCGCAUUUCAGAGUUGACGGAAGAUCACGACUCCGGACAUGCCCUCAUCACGGUGGAGGAGAUCUUGAAGGAUGAGAAGAUGGGGCUGCGGUUCUUUGGGCAAGAACCUCUGGAGGUGACGCUGCUCAACAUGGACUGGAACUGUCCCUGUCCGAACAUAACGAGAGCCGAGGGACAGAUGAUUAUCAUGGGGGAUGUUCACAAUGGCAUGGCCGUGCUUCAGCCCGACAGCUUCGUGGCCACUUCCAGUGUGCGGCGUGUUCGCAAGCUCCGUGAGAUCGUCAACAAAAAGACUUGUGACGUUUUGAAGGAGUUCAGCAGCACAAAGUACUAGAAUAUUCCAAUACCCGAAUCUCUGGACAUCCUAGAGCAGGGUUGCCAGAUGCUGCCUCUGGAGUGUAUUUUCCCUCAGCAACCAACACACCCGCCUUUAAGUUUGUAGGAAUCCUAAAGAUCUUGAUUAACUUCAGGUCUUAAGUUAAGUUCUAAAGAAGAUGAUCCUUCAGGAGCAGUGUAUAUACACUCUUGUCCUAAACCAGAGGUAUCCAAACCUGUUUCUGGAGGGCCGAUGUACCUCUAGAGUUUAGCUCUUAACAUCUUUUUGAAAAAUAUUGGUACGACCUCCACAUGACAAUAACAGCCUCCAAAAUGAUUCAGAGCUAUGGAAAUCCACAUGAGGUGGUUUUAAAUGAGCAAGUAUUUCAAAUAUUACUAACGUAAACAUUAGCUGAGCAGCUUACAGCGCAAGGCUUGAUUGACAGGGACAUCACUCCUGUUGGUAUCGUCAAUCUGGCAAUCUGCUUUGCGUCGAGUUGUUAGUGGAGAGUCUGGCUUACAAUAAACCUCUCCAAUAUUUCAAUUUGGACUGCUAUAGCUAGUUCAAUCUGACAUGCUGCACCUUUAAAGAAAAUUGUAAGUUUUUCACUCAUGAUAACAACUUUUUGGUGUUAUUAUGCAUUCAACUCGUAAAUACGAUUUAUCCAACAGGACUUGAAUGCAUGAUAAACUGCAGAAUAGCAGCCCUCCAGGGGCAGUAAUGGACACCCUUGUCCUAAACAAGGGCUAUCCAAACCUGUUUCUGGAUGGCUAGUGUUUAGCUCCUUAGGGUCCUCAGAUUAGGUAGGUGUACUGAAUCGAAACUGCAGCUUAGCAGGCCUCCAGGAGCAGUUUUGAACAUGUCCUAAACCAACGUGCCUGCCUCUUAUAACUGUAUUUCUUAUUGAAACAGGCUCACUUAAAACUUGACUUGUAGAUUCUACAAUCAUAUCUCAUGCUUCUGACUCAGCAUGGAGAUGCUUGAAUUAUCCAAGGAGAGAUAAAAUAUGUGAAUUACACUGUUUGUAUGACACACAGGCAUACGUAUAUGCUAGCUGAUUUCUUAUGAAAGUAUUACCUUAUUUACAUCUACAUGUCGUAGUGUAAGUCCAGUUAUUUUAGUUUGACUAAAAAGCCACAAAUGUACUAUUUAACUCUUUCUAACUGUCUCAAAACAAAUGCCUCGCAGGCAGCCACUGAACUUUUACUUUCGGUGGAAACAAGUUGUUAAAUAUUACUAACCUAAAACUUUAUUUAUGCCUUGUGAGGAUUUGAUUAAAGCUGAUGUGUGUAAUUUCUUUCAGAAUAGGCAGAAUAAACACCAUGUUAACAUGCAGAUGAAAUUCUAAGCAAACUAUUUAGAUGAAAAGUGCAAAUUAAAGUUCACAAUGCUAGAUUGUUCAAGUACAACAUUUGCUCAACCAUACUGGGAAAUCCUAGUAGGAUUUAUUUGUCUAACGAAUUGAAGAACGUUCAGGAAAAUUUCAUUUCAUGUUGUAGUAAGAAAAUUACACACUUCACCUUUAAUUAUGAAGCCAUGUCAUUCUUAAACUAAAAACAUGACAUGUUAAAUACUAUUGCACCUUAUUUUAAUUCAUAGUCUUUUGUGCUGUAAUCAUUGUCCGUUGUACCGUCUAUUUAUGCAUUACUACCAUAAAUUGAAACAAAGGUAGUGCUACGUACUUUACAAAGUACAUUACAUGUUGUUUUUGUUGUUUUCUUUGUCAAACCAUACAAUGGCAAACAUAUAAUGAGAUUAUAACUAUUAUUUUAUGAACAGUUGAAAUGCAUUAAAUGUUUAUGGAACACCAGAGAGACGAUUAAAGACAUUUCCAAUCAAA